CAGAGAACAAUCGCAAUUAGGGAACAUGUCCACAAAACCCAACCCAAACCGGGCCCUAACCCACUCCCAAUCCCUCCUCUUCCGCGAAACCCUCCAACACUACGAACACAAACGCUACCGCCAAGCUCUAAAAUGUAUCGACACAAUCCUCCGACGUUCUCCAAACCACGGCGAAACCCUCGCCAUGAAGGGCCUGUGUCUCAACGCCCUCGACCCGGUGAAUCGGAAAGAGGAGGCGUAUGAGUUGGUGAGGAAGGGUGUGAGGUGUGAUUUGACGAGUCAUGUUGUUUGGCAUGUGUUUGGGCUGUUGUGGAGGAGUGACAAAAACUACGAGGAGGCGAGUAAGUGUUAUACACAGGCGCUCAGGUUCGAUCCGGAUAAUCAUCAGAUUCUGCGGGAUCAGGCGUUGUUGUUGAGUCAGCUGCGAAAAUGGAACGAGGUCAUCCCGAUUCGGACAAAGAUCUUGGAACAGAACUUGGGGUUGAAGAGUUCGUGGUUGGCGUUGGCUGUGGCGACGUAUAUGAAGGGAGACUACAAUGCUACACUCAAGACACUCGAUUCGUUUCUUACGUCUAUUAAGGAGGAGCCUGAGGCGGGUGAUUACGAGCAUUCCGAACUCCUCCUUUUCCGUGCGCGGGUUUGUGCUCAGUCCGGGGAUGUCGAAGGUGCGCUGGAGUGGCUGGGGCAGAAGGAAGCGGAGGGGAGGAUUGUUGAUUAUUUGAGUGCGACGGAGUUGCGGGCGGAAUGGCUCGAAUCCCUCGGCGGUAAUGAGGAAGCCGCGGCGAUUUACACCUCCCUCGUCGAUCGGAAUCCGGAUCACAAGUCUUACAACACGUCUCUCACACGCACGCUUGGUAUGGACGACUCCGACACUGCCGCUCUCCUUCGCCAUUACGAUGCUUUGAGUACGAAAUACCCCCGCGCAGACCUUCCCCGACGACGACCCCUCGAGUUCCUGAGCGCGGAUCAUGUGGAGUGGAGGGCGAGGUUGGAGGCGUACACCAAGAGGAUGUUGGAGAAGGGUGUUCCGUCCGCUUUUGCGCAACUCAAGCCGCUCUGUUCCGAUCCCGCUAAACGCAAAAUCGUUGGAGAGAUGCUCGAGGCCUUUUUGGAGAAGGAGGGGGAGGAAGAGGUGCCGACGACGGUGUUGUGGACGAUGUAUGUCCUUGCGCAGUUUUGGGAUUAUUGUGGACAACAUAAGAAAGCGCUCGGGGUAUUGGAGAAGGCGAUUGAGCAUACGCCUACCCUCCCCGAACUGUAUCUCAUGAAAGCAAAGGUCCUCAAGCAUCUGGGUGCGCCCUAUGCCGCGUCCGAAGCCUCCGAGGCGGCUCGUGCCCUCGACUUGCAGGAUCGCUUCGUCAACGUCAAGAGCGUACGAUACUUACUCAGAGCUGGAAGAUGGGACGAAGCCCUCAACACCGUAUCCCUCUUCACCAAAAACGACGUCCCAGGCGGUCCCAUCGGCGACCUCCACGACAUGCAAGCACUCUGGUACCUCGCCCACGACGCCCGCUCAAACAUCUCGCACGCGCGCUACGGCGUCGGUAUGAAACGGUGGCGACAAGUGGAGGGGGUAUUGGGGGUUUGGGCCGACGACGAGUUUGAUUUCCAUGGGUAUUGUGCGCGGAAGGGGACUGUGUGGGAUUAUGUCGGGUUGUUGGGGUGGGAGGAUGGGAUGAGGGGGAGUACGGGGGUUUAUGGGGAGGCUUGUAGGGGGUUGGUUGAGGUUGCGUGUUUGUUGAGUGAGAGGCCGGAGGGGAGGGUUGGGUUGUCUAAGGAGGUGUUGAUGGAUUGGGAGGGGAUGGGGGAGGCGGAACGGGGGAAGGCGGUGAAGAAGGCGAAGAAGAGGGUGCUUGAGCGGGUGAAGAAAGCGGAGAAGGCGGCUGUUGUGUUGAGUGAGAAAGAUGGGGAGAAGAAGGAAGAAGCUAAGGUCGUUGAUGACGAGGGUGAGAAGAAGAAGGUUGAUGAUGAUCCCCGUGGUGAUAAGUUGAUGUUGAGUGAGACGCCGUUGGAGGAUGUGGAGAAGUACCUUAAGGGGUUGGAGAUUUACUGUCCGCGGGAUGUAAGGACGUGGGUUGCGGUGUUUGAGUGGUGUUCGAGACAGCAGGUUUGGGUACGUGCGGUGGAGGCACUCAGAAAGGCUGUUGAAAUUGACCAGCACAACGAACGUGUCCAGGAGUGUUUGGUUAAGUGGCGGCAUGCGGACGUUGCGGAAACUGAUCCCGCACUCGAAACCAUUCUACCCGAUUCCACCGACCUCGCGUCGUUCAUCGAGUCUUCUUUCCCCGGUACUUCAGCGGGGUUGUUGGCCGCCGCCCAGUCAUACCACCUCAUCUCCUCCACCGACAAAGCAUUUGAAACCCUACUCAAGAUCGUUGAGGUCGACGGGGUGAAGGCUGGUGAUCUUGUUAAGGGAUAUGAGUUGGUGAGGACUUGGGGUGGGGAUGUGGAGGGGUAUGUAAGGAAGGCGGAGGAGAGGGGGUGGGAUAUGGUUGAGGCCUGGAAGAAGACAGAGAACGGUGUUGACGCUUAAGCUUAGGGGAUGGAAGGGGAGAGGGUAAAAAACGAUUUCGGGUUGUGGUAUAUAGAUUGAAGAGGUAAUCAUGCGUUCCGCGGCU